AUGCUCGGCCACCGAUCAUUGCCGGUGCUGAGCGGAAGCUCUAGCGGCGGCAUGACUGCUUGUAAAGCACUUGGCAAGUUUAUCUCCGCGCAACUUACAGCACAAUCCGGUCAACAAGCCCUUGCAUCCGCUUCUCGUGCCAUCUGCUCGACGCAGGUCCGGUCAUUCCAAACAUCCAGCGCACAUCUAUCCAAAGCGAUGGACAGGGAGUCGAGACCCGAAGGCGGCAAGCACGAGAGCGGUCUCUCGCCGUCUCCCAGAGCUCCCCGUCAGCACAGCGCCUUGACAAAAUCGAUCGUGCUGGGCUUGGCAAACUUGUUUGGCUACAACUCGGUAAAGAACACGGCCAUCAGAGUCAACAGCGAUCUGUACGAUCUGUGCGCACAGCAAAGCUACUACGAUGAGGAGUUUUGGCAUCAGGGUGAGUCGCAUAUAGCCCGCCAAACGCGUCUUAGAUUUUCAAGCUGAGCUUUCGUCUGAUCAACGCUAUGCAGAGUGCGGCUUACCUCGAACAUAUCAGGUCUGGUUUCAGCUGACCAACCUGCACGUCUACCUCUUGCUGGUCCGAUUCCGAGCAAUGCCGCCGAAGCAGGCGCAAAUCUACACUCAAGAAUUGGUCAAUCACUUUUUUAUUGAUGCCGAGUCGCGCAUGCGAUCUCGCUUUGGUAUCAGCACGAGUCGAUUGGUCAAGGGAUACAUGCGGGACCUACACGUCCAGCAUCGAGGCGCCGUGCUAGGCUUCGAUGAAGGGCUUGCUCAGACGGAUACGGAUGCGGCCUUGGCUGCGGCAAUCUGGAGAAAUAUUUGGGGUCAAGGCUGGGGGUCGAUCGGAGGGGUCAAGAGAAAAGUCAAGGGCAUAGACCAUACGCCCAAAGGGGAAGAUGCCUCCGAAGAGGGAGAUGCUGUGCUGGCAAAGGAUAGCGGCGCACCUUUGGCUGGACCUUAUGGGCAAGCUGCUGCUCAGCUGGCGGCUUCUUCAGCACCGGCUAGUGGAUCCGUCGCCCCUUCUAAUUCAGCCGAGAGUCCAACAAUCUCGGUGCACGCUGACAUUACUCUGGAAUAUCCAAUCCAUUUGGCCAAGGUGACGGAAUACGUGCGAAGGGAAACAGCUAGAUUGGCCCACUUGAGCGAUCACGAAGUUAUGAUCGGAAGAGCUGCAAACGGAAGGAAAGUGCCGCCCGCUAAGCAUGCGCCUAUCGAUCAUCAGACCAGCGCAGCAGUCGGUGCAGGAGAUGUGGUACAGUCGCUAGGCAAGCGACCCCACGAUGGAGGGUUUGCCACCUCAGUCAGACAUUCCAAUGAUGAUGCGCAGAGAAAGAACAGUAUCGCAGAUUUCGGUCGAGUGGGAUAG